GCUGUUCAAUCAUAUCGCAGUGUGCAUUUCGCUCCUCAGUCCACAGCGAAGGCAAGACCUGAAGCGCGCAGCGAAUGUAACAGAAGCGCUAGGAUAUACUCCCUGACUUUUUAGGCAGAAGAGUACUCUGCAAAAAAAAAAAAAUAUAUAUAUAUAUAUAUAUUUUUAAAGUAGCUGGAGAACAUCAUCAGAGCGGUCUGUCGGACACUUUGUGCGAAGAGGACUGGAAAGGGAAACACGACAGUGGAACUGAAACAUUUGCAUAGGAAUUGUUGGUUUUUUAGGGUAGGAGUGGCCAUGCCAUUCGGCUGUUUAACAGUGGGGGAGAAGAAGGAUUACAACAGUCCAUCAGAGGUGACAGAAAAAUAUGACCUGGGACAGAUUGUUAAAUCGGAGGAGUUCUGUGAGAUCUUCCGAGCCAAGGACAAGAACACGCUGAAGAUGUACACCUGUAAAAAAUUCCUGAAAAAAGAUGGGCGGAAGGUCCGGAAAGCUGCCAAGAACGAGAUCCUAAUUUUAAAGAUGGUGAAGCACCCUAACAUUUUGCAACUCAUCGACGUCUAUGAAACCAGAAAAGAGUACUUCCUGUUCCUCGAACUCGCUACAGGCAGAGAAGUGUUUGACUGGAUCCUCGAUCAGGGAUAUUACUCAGAGCGGGACACCAGCAAUGUCAUUAGGCAGGUGUUGGAAGCAGUGGCCUACCUGCACUCCCUGCAAAUUGUCCAUAGGAACCUGAAGCUAGAGAACCUGGUAUACUACAACCGUCUGAAACAGUCAAAAAUAGUGAUCAGUGAUUUCCACCUUGCCAAGCUUGAGAAUGGCCUCAUCAAAGAGCCGUGUGGGACUCCGGAAUAUUUAGCCCCUGAGGUGGUUGGAAGGCAGAGGUACGGCAGACCUGUGGACUGCUGGGCCCUGGGUGUCAUCAUGUACAUACUGCUGUCGGGAAACCCCCCAUUUUAUGAUGAAACUGACGACGAUGACUACGAGAACCAUGACAAGAACCUGUUCCGUAAGAUUCUGGCAGGAGACUACGAGUUUGACUCCCCGUACUGGGAUGAUAUUUCAGAUUCAGCAAAGGGACUGGUGGCUCGUCUAAUGGAAGUGGACCAGGACCAGAGGCUGACUGCACAGGAGGCCAUCAACCAUGAGUGGAUAUCUGGGAAUGCAGCUUCAGACAAGAACAUUAAAGAUGGUGUCUGUGCACAAAUCGAGAAGAACUUUGCCAAAGCCAAGUGGAAGAAAGCCGUGCGGGUGACGACCAUCAUGAAGAGGCUGAGAGCACCGGAGCAGAGCAGCUCAGCAUCGGCCAGUCCUUCCGCAGGCCCUGCCACGCCCGUCACGCCUCCCACAGAGAGCGACACUCCCGCCGCCCCAGUCACAGAGGCCCCCAGCACCGAGCCACAAAACACAGCCGGAGCUGAGGGGGCCGGUAACGACCCUGCCCCACCCCCUGACUCCGCCCACACCAGCCCUGACCCUGAGGGGGUGGUUCCGUCAUCACGGUGUAACGGGGAGACCUCGGCGCCCCAACUACCAGCCGACAGAUCCGGGGACGAGCAGAAUGGCUAAAACCGGUGCCAAAGCCCUGUCCACCCAAACCCUGCACACUGUAUAUUAGCUGCUGGCAUGGUGACACUGAAUCUGCUUAAGUCUCACAUCUUACAGAGCCUGUGGUCCAUCUUUGCUGAUAGACUGCCCGGCCAGGGAGCACUCUCUCCUUGGCCUCUGGAUGGCCUGUUAAACUAUUAUUUAUUUAUUUAUUUAUUACUGUUGUCUCUCUCACAAAUCCCUCUUCUCCAUCAGCUACCCCAUCUUUUGCUUUUAAAGGUGACAUAAUGCCUUCAAUGUUCCUUCUUCAUUUUAUUUUAAUUUAAGUCCAGUCAUUGCCUUAAGCUUUCUCUCUUUGAGCUCACCCUAAUGAUAAAGAUCAUGAAGGAAGACAAAUAAAAUGGCAAACUUGAAUUUCUUUUCCUUUGCACCAUUAGCCGAGUUUGGAAAUCUCUUCCAUAUCCUCCUUUCAUACGGCUUCGCUGUUGUAGUGAACAGGUUGGCUUCUUUGCUGCUUGUAAUGCUAGAUUUGCAUGGUAAUAUUCUCCCUGUAAAUGAGCCUUCCUACAAUGCUCCCCCUUUAAAAACAGAGCUGCACCCAUCUCCAGGCUGCCAUGGAUCAGCCUUUACUUCCUUUUUUAAAUACACAUAUAGUUUUCAUGAGCUGUGGCCAUGCACUUGUCACUUGUAUGAUUUUUAAUUAAAAUAAAAGUAUGUAUUUAUUGGGUAACCUGUAACGGGGUUGAUUGCUCAGCUCAAGAAAGCACCACAUGACUUUCUUAGUGUAAAAGUAUUGUAAAUAUAAAACGCUGUAGCCAAAUGGUUGGUUCUGAAAUGUUUGUAUGUACUUGGUGGAACAAAGUGUGCUUACUUCCUGCUUUUCUAAUCCAUCACUUUUUUUGCCCACAGUAUAGUUCUUACUCCUAUUUGCGUUGUAUUGGUUUGCAGUUUCGCUGACAUUCCAGUCUAAGUUUGUACAUAUUCAUAUUGAAGGCGGGCCAUCUGACAAGUAACAGGUUGGCAGAGCAAACCUAUUUAAUAUAAUGUUAUCCUAUAUAAGUAAAGAUCACCUGUAAUGCUACCACAAUAAAUACCUUAAAGCUAGGUGAUCUGUAUAAAUGCAUGACUGUGUAUGUUCCACCAUCUUCAGACUGUAAAAUCAGCAGUGCACAAAAUAUGCUAUUCUUGCUCCAGACUGCCGCAUAGUGACAGCAUAUUAUGCUUACAUAAUGUGUUUCAUAAUCUCUGUGAACAAGCUGUAUAAAAAGCAGUUUAUAAUUACUAUAAUAAUAACAAUAAAAGUUAUUAUUAUUAUUAAA